UCAAGGCUCGCACAAUGCAGCUCUUUAAUCAAAAUAUCACGAACUACCGGAAUCUUCAUUUCGGCGUUUUCUUGCACGAUUGGUGGAUAUGGCGGGAGUUUCGGAUGUACAAAAGAGACCGGGAGGACGGCCUUUGGGCCCUCCUCCGAGAGGUCCUCCUCUUCUUCAGCCAGUUGAUCGCGAAAAGAUCUGUCCGUUAUUGCUUCGCGUUUUCACCAAGAUGGGGAGCCAUCAUUCCAAGGAAGACUUUGCAGUGAGAGGCAAGGAGCCCAAGGAUGAGGUUCAAAUCUACACAUGGAAAGAUGCUACCCUUCGAGAGUUAACUGAUCUGGUCAAAGAGGUGGCUCCAGCCGCAAGGAGAAGGGAUGCAAGACUCUCCUUUGCUUUUGUGUAUCCAGACAAAAAUGGUCGCUUUGUAGUGCGAGAGGUUGGAAAGACCUACUCUAACAGAAAUGGGAAAUUAGAUGAUGGCAAAGCAUUGGCUGAGCUUGGCUUCCAGGCCUACUUGCCUUUUUGCUUUUGCAGAUUGGAGAUUAUUUGGAUGUUGCAAUCCUGUAGAGAAGUUUCUUUUUUCUCAGUUUUUGUUGUGUUUUAAGGUGGUUGAUCAGUAGGUUGAUUUGGGACGUCAGUUUAUGCCUGAGGUGGAAGGGACUAUUGCUGAGAUGGUUCCACUGUUGUAGUUUACCGAAGUUAUUAGAAUGCUAGAAAGGGGCGAGCCUCACAAACAAUUAUUCAAGCUAAGAGGUAGUGGUAUUUCAGUUUAUUAGAACAUCAUAUGCGCUUUGACAUGAAACGAGGGGUUCAUGCAUCAGGGAUUUUAUUUUGCCCUUUUCCUUCUUUGUAGUCUCUCUCUUCUCUCUGUGGGGGCGCGCGCGCGCGUCUGAAAUCGCAUCAAUGCUAUUUAUCAAACGCUUUGCUAGGCAUUUUAAUGGGUC